AAUUUUGAGGGAUGAGUCAAGAGCUUUUUUAGUACCACAGUCACCCACAGUCCAGAUACAAGCAUUUGUAUUGUAUCUGUGUGCAGCAGUACAUUCAGUGGUGUGUCAGACUCAACAACAGAUCAGCAGCCAUGGAUGAUGUAUAUAAAGCAGCGGUUGAAAAUUUGACAGAAGAACAAAAAAAUGAGUUCAAGGCUGCAUUUGACAUCUUCAUCCAGGAUGCAGAGGAUGGCUGCAUUAGCACCAAAGAGUUGGGGAAGGUGAUGAGAAUGUUGGGACAGAACCCCACUCCUGAAGAAUUACAGGAGAUGAUUGACGAGGUGGAUGAGGAUGGCAGUGGCACAGUUGAUUUUGAUGAGUUCUUGGUUAUGAUGGUCCGCUGCAUGAAGGAGGAGAGCAAAGGAAAAUCAGAGGAGGAGUUGGCUGAACUUUUCCGCAUGUUUGACAAGAAUGGAGAUGGCUACAUAGACUUAGAGGAGCUGAAGGCCAUGCUGGAGUCUACUGGAGAAACCAUCACGGAAGACGAUAUUGAGGAGCUGAUGAAGGAUGGAGACAAAAACAAUGAUGGCAAAAUUGAUUAUGACGAAUUUCUGGAGUUCAUGAAAGGUGUGGAAUAAAGGAUUAAUCCGGAAUCCUUACACUGCAGCAUGUUCACUUUUUGACAUCACCAUCUCAGGCAAUUUUCAGAAGACAAGCUUUAGUCUUCUUAUAAACAAUACAAACCACACACCUGUCCACAUCAGUACACAACUAUCAUAUCUACUGAGUCAAACAACUCCAAGGCCCUGAAGGUUUGUCUUGCACUGAUAUAAAGGCUAUUUUCAAUUAAAAGAUGUUCACAUUUG